GUUAACUCAACAAUGGAAAGUAUUUUAUUGUCAAAUAUUGCCGCUAUUAUAGUCAAAGAUGUUUUAAUAGACGACAACAAAACUAAGAACGAGCCGCCUAAAUUCAUAACUAAAGAGUUCCCGCUGCUCUCUGCCGAUACUGAUGAUGAAGCGCUGCAUUUCUUUCUGAAGCAAAACCGUGCGAAGAAACGUCGAAAGUCUGAUGACAUCCAGAAUAAUACCGAAAAGCCAGUCAGUUCCAAUUUGAAUAGGGUAUCUGUUGAAGGAGACGCCCGAAGCACAAUCACUCCGUAUGAAUUCAGUAAGCACCAAGCGCCACUCGAAAUCAAUUUAAUAAACAAGUUUAAUACCAUCCUCUUCGAGGGAUACCUGCACAUGAGCAAAAUAACGUUCUUGCGCAUUUUCAAAAGAUUGCGUAGAUUUUUACCCAAUGAGCAUAUUCCCACUGCCGCACCGCCGCAGUCAAUUUUUUCCCUUGCUCUAUGGAAAUUGUCUACCGACGAGCACUUUGAAGAUAUCGCGCGGAAAUUCAACACUACCAAACAUAUCUGCCAACAACUUAUACGCCUCUUUUGGCGUCGCAUUUCUGCACAAUAUGAAUUGCUAAUACAGUGGCCUAGCACGCCAGAGAAACGCAAUUACAAUAUUCAAAACUUCCAAACACUUCAUCAGUUGAAAAAAUUCGGGCAACUUUUCGGCAUUGUAGCCAGCAAAAAAUUGGACGUUUUCCUCGAAGCCGAAAAUGAGGAGCGACAAGUAGUAUUGCAAAUCAUUUGUGACGCCGAUCAAAAGAUUACCGAUUCCUUUUUGGUACUUGCUGACGAGUAUUCAUUCGACGCCUCACCCAUAGGUCAAACAUUGGCAUUAAAUGUACAAACAAUGCCAACAGGCAGUUACCUCAUAGGUAAUAAUAGUUUUCCUCUUAAACCCUAUCUAAUGCGUCCAAUAGGUGAGCCCAGCGAUGAUGAGGAGCGAAAUUUCAAUUCAGCAUUACAACCGGCUUUACAUAUUGGCGAACAAGUACUAGAUGCAAUGGCGAAACGUUUUAAUGUUUUAUAUGCGUUAGAAGCGCGUAAUAUUCAUGAAGUACGAAAAAUAGUGGACACGGUUUGUGCAUUACAUAAUCUUUGCGUUGAAAUGGAGGAUGACUAUAGCGAGCGCAAACUGAAGGAUAUGCAGUUUAAUUGGGCCAAAGUGAUAGACGAAGGCUCAAAAAAACUAGGAGAUGAACAAGACGAACAGGGCAAACAAAAGCGUAGAGCUCUAAUGGCGCAGGUGUUAAAUUAAAUAUCUUGGGUACAUUUCAAAUUUAAACGGAUUAGCAUUAGGAUCUCAAGUACACACCAAAAAGUAAUUUUAAAUUUAUUUAUUAUACCUUUUAUUCCUUCUAAUUAUUUAAGAAACAAUUCUAGUGUGUAUUUGAUAAUUCUCUGUUGUCGGCAUUUGCUGGUAAACUAAUUUCUUUUUCAUUUGCAGUAAAAGUUUGAUUACAUGUUUAGAGCUACAAAUAUGAUUACUUUAAAUUAGAAUUCAUUUAUAUGUGUAGAUUUAUUAAUACAGUAAAUGUAUGUAUGUAUAAUAUAUUUUCAUAUUACUUUUAGUUGUGGUUUUUAUAUCAGAAUUAUUUGUCCGUUCGGCUGCACA